AUGAGAUACAUGGCGUUUGAGCUGCUCAUCGAAAUCUCCAAUCACGAGUCUCUCGUUGUGAAAAUUGCAGUGCAACUCACCUCGUCCAAUCCGGCAAUGCAUGAGCAACUUGAACUUGAUUGGGCGUGUCUGAAUGCGCGGCAGAUCACGAGGGAGGCGCGGUUCCUCCAAUGCAGUCGAACUUGCCAUAUCACAAUCAGGCUGCGUCUCGCCAAGUAA